AUGGGAAGGUGGAUUUUCACCGUUAUCGGAAUAGUUUUAAAAUUUCGAAAUGUUGAAUUAUUUUCAUCGAAAAGUAUUUCUAUAACGAUUCUUGGUAUUUCAAUUAUAAACUGGGCAUGUGCGCUUAUAAAAUUAUUGGCAUUUGCGGAAAACGAAAAUUUCUGGAAAAUUCCUGGGAUUUGGUUCUCAUUAUCGUUUUCUAUUGUUUCAACAGUAAUUUUAAUAAUUCUUUGGCAAUUUAUCAUUUGCUCAAGAUCGUCGUUCAAUUAUCGUUCGUUGAUUAAUGAUGCAAGAGAGACGGGAGAUUCUGAAAAUUCAAGAAAAGGUGCUUUUGAACAUGCCGUACGAUUAUUACAGUAUUGUUUAAAUUAUUGGCAAUGGUAUUUAGCGGCUCGUAUCUUUAUUCCAUAUUUUACGGGACAAGUUGUCGCAACUAUCGUACAAACCCGAGAAAUAACAUCGUUGCUUCGUUCUAUUGUAUCUAUUUCUAUAUUAACUACGUUAAGAUUCGGAUAUCAGCAGCCUCCAUAUCUUCCUUUCUCCAUAUGCCGAGAAGAUAUUUCGAUCGGUGAUUAUACUAUUUGGUUAUGCCUUUUAGUUGUUCCUUCUUGCAUUUUACAUACGAUCACUAUGUUCUUGGAUUGCUUCUGA